AUGUAAGUUUAAUUUAGUUCAAAAACUAUAUUAGACUCUAAAUCUAGAUCUCAAUAUAUAUGCAAGCAAAUCUUUUUGUAACAAAAUGGAUUAAGGUCAAUUAGCUAUUUUAAUAGCACCAUUCAUACUAUUUUUACAUUCACGCAUUCGCUUUACUUAUAACAUUAUUAUUUUGUUUCUAAUUAUUAGUAUAGCUUUUAUAAAGCACUAUUUUCAUGCUUAUAGCAUGCUCAGAGCGCUAUGGUCCAAUCACAUUUGUGGACCAAUGGGUAUCUGGGAGAAGGUUUUUCGUGCUGCUUUAAGUCACUCAGUAAACACAUCUCUUGAGUUGGGUUUCCAACCUCAAACCCCCUUCAUAGGUAGCCAAGCCAAGUUCUUAGCAUAAAUAGCCUCUCGACCACGCUUCCCACAAACUAUUCUAAUACACUAUAUCAGUGACAUGCAUAUUAAAUCCACAUACACUGAUUUUAAACUCACAGAAUUUUUAGUAAAAAAAAUGAUCCUACAAGAAUGAAUCGAUUAGUCUCUUAUUCUGAGAGUUCUGAGGAAGAGGACAAAGGGCUGAUUUCUCCACAAAAGUGUAAUAGCUCUGAAGUGUCUACAGAUUUCAUGUACAGUAAGAAUGAAGUAAGCAAAGACUGGCAUGCAAAGCAAAUCAUUGAAAACAAAACUUGUAGACAUGAUGUUGGACUACAUGUUAAUGACACAAGUAAACAUCUUUUAAAUAAUUUGGAUUUUGAAAAUGGCAGUAAAUUGGACAUAUUAAAUCCUCCUGAAAUCUACUCUACUACAUCUUUCUGCUGUGAUUCAGAAAACUCUAUAAAAAUGGCAUCAAGUGGUGACUUUUUUAAUGCCUCAACAGUAUUGGGCAGUAACAAUGUAUUGAAUUUGAAUGACACUUAUAAACCACCAAUUAAAUGUGUAGUAGAUAAAGAGGAUAAAAUCAUGGAAGAUCUACCAAUACUUCAUACUGAAUCUUCUAGUCAAACUAAAGUUUCUGAUAUUGUUCCAAGAUCUGUACCAGUUAAUAUUUCAGAGAGUGCCAUGGGAUCAAGGAAAAGGAAACACUCUGAAGAAAUUAAAAGUCAAUCCAAUUUGCAAGUUCCAGAUUCACUGAAGUCCAUGUUUCAUGGUAGUUGUCAUAAAUGGAUAGAUAAUGCAUCUGAACAUGACAAUAGAAUAAGAUCAUUUCCUCAUUUAGAAGGAAACUGGGCAGCUCAUGUAUAUUUUCCAGUACCAAAAAAUGAAAUACUGGAAGCGUUUUUUCAAUCAGUGAUACAAAUAUUUGAGCCACUAGAAUUUAAAACUUUGCCUGAAUAUCAUAUAAGUCUUUCACGCACUGUUGCCAUCAGACAUCACUGGAUAGAACCGAUUGUAACAUCAUUGAGAGAACAGAUGAAACUUUUAAAAAGUAGCCUGAGUGAAAUGACUGCUCUGAAGCUGUUUACCAAUGAUGAGAAAACCAGAACAUUUAUUUGCAUUGAGCUGUCACAGGAUGAUACAGAAUUUGUACAGUAUGUUAAAGCUGUAGAUACAUGUUUUCUGGAAUUUAAACUACCAGUCUAUUAUAAGAAUCCAUCAUUUCACAUAAGUAUUGGUUGGUGCUUGGGCAAUGUCAUUCCUGAAGUUUCAGAAGAUAAACUUUUAAUAGCCAAAGAAAUGCUGAGCAACUUCAUAGCAGAAAAUCCAGAACUAAGUGUUGUGCUACUUCAGCAAGUUUGUUGUCGAGCUGGAAACAAGCUGUUUGCAAUUACUUUGGAAGAAGAGUUUAAUUAGAUAAACAAUUUAUUGCCCUAAUUGAUUUUUAAUGUACAUUU